GCUCCCCAGAUCGAAGGCGAUCGACCGCCUUCUCAAGCUCAACCGACGCGACCGCUCGGCAGGCGGCCGGCGGUUCUACAUCAUCUCGGUUGAUCCAUCGAGCAAAUAGGAAGAGUUACCAUCGGUCGGUGCCUAUCGUCGUCGUCUCCCGCGCGCUCAAUUAAGCCUGCUUCGAUUCAGCGCGCAAUGAAGUUGUUCAUGUGCUUCGGCGGUUCGGCGGCUGUCGCGGACGACGACGCGGCCGGCGGGAUCGAGGCGGCGGCGGUGGCAGCUCGCCGCCGGCGCCACCAGCUAGGGUCGUUCCGUCGGAAGUUCUUGUCCGGUAGCAGCAAGGGCAAGACGAAGAAUCCGUCGCCGGGGCCGGAGCCGGCGCCGCCGCCCGAGGCGAAGGGGCGCGGGGUGGACGCCGUCGCCUGCGGCUUGAUAAUUCGCGCGUCCGCGGCGUCGUCGUUGGUGCCGUCCUCGGCGCUGCUAAGCUCCGAGGCGUCGCUGGGCUCGGACCCGUGCUCGGCGUCCUCCCGCUCCUCGGCUUUCUCGGCCUCCUCGUCCGUGUCCUCGUCGGCCUCGGUCUCGGGGGUGCUUUUCCCGCCGCCUGCGGCGAAGCGGCAGGCGGGCAAGGGGUCGUCGACGUCCCCGGCGGCGGGGGCCGCGGCCGUGGUGCUGUGCCUGCUGAUGGUGGUGUUCUGCGGCCGGGUCGGGGCGACGGUGCUCACGUCCACCGCGCUCUAUCUCUUCCCGCGGCGGUGGCCCGCGAGACCGACGCACAAGGAGGACGGCGUGGAAUUGAUGGAGUGCGACGCCGAGGAGGAGACGGCGAACAGGAAAGGUGGUUAUGGAAAUACGGAGGGGUUCUUGGUGACGAACCGCAACAGCUGAUCACCGUCAUUUUUUUUGUUCGGAUGAAGGACGAAGAGUUUACGGUGAUUAACCCUUUUUUAUUCAAGAUUUUAUAGUUGAAAUUUAAAAGUUUUGACCAGUAGGAAUCAUAAAAGGACAUGUAAUUUAAGUAUUUAACUAGAGUGAGUAGGCUGUUUAUGACACUUCGAUUAUAUGAAAAAAAAAAAGUUCAAAGUUAAAA